GGGACAUUUUUCAAAAAGAAGAAGUCAACAAGAAAAAGAUCAAAUAUGUCAUCCGUACAACUUUCCCGGUAUCUUUUCCUUCUCACAGUUUGCUUUUCUUUUGUCCAUUUCCUCAAAUUCACCGGUUAGUUAUCAGAGCGUGGAGUUAGUGGUGGGGAGUUGCAAUGGCGGACAUCGGAGAAGAAGUGAAGAACAAGCAGGUGAUUUUCCGGGACUAUGUUCGUGGUUUCCCUAAGGAAUCCGAUUUCAUCAUUACUAGUGCUACCAUCCGCUUGAAGCUUCCUCAAGGUUCAAAUGGCGUUUUGCUCAAAACUCUCUAUCUUUCUUGCGAUCCCUACAUGCGCUGGUUCAUGGAAUGUCAAUCCGCCCAGAAUUCCUAUUCUCCUGGCUCUUUGAUAUAUGGGUUUGGAGUUGCUAAAGUGUUGGAGUCUGCUCACUCGGGCUUCAGUGAAGGUGACCUAGUUUGGGGAACAUUGAAAUGGGAAGAAUACUCUGUCGUGGAGGAGCCUGUAAAACUUAUCAAAAUCCAGCACACUGAUGUGCCUCUCUCAUACUACACUGGAAUUCUUGGUAUGCCUGGGAUAACUGCAUAUUUUGGAUUUCAUGAUAUAUGCUCUCCCAAGAAGGGAGACUACGUGUAUGUAUCAGCAGCUUCUGGUGCAGUUGGUCAACUUGUUGGCCAGUUAGCAAAGUUGAUGGGUUGUUAUGUUGUUGGGAGUGCUGGAAGCAAAGAGAAGAUUGAGCUGCUGAAAAACAAGUUCGGAUAUGAUGAGGUUUUCAACUACAAGGAAGAACAGGACUUAGAUGCAGCACUAAAGCGGUGCUUCCCUGAAGGUAUAGAUAUUUACUUCGAGAACGUAGGUGGGAAGAUGCUUGAUGCAGUGCUUUUAAACAUGAGACCUCAUGGUCGGAUUGCAGUAUGUGGAAUGAUAUCUCAAUAUAACCUCGAUCAGUCGGAGGGCGUGCAUAAUCUCUUGCGUCUUGUAGUUCAGCGGAUCCGAAUGGAAGGUUUCGGUGCUCCGGAUUAUUUCCACCUUAAUGCCAAGUUCUUGGAAGCAAUGCUGCCUUAUAUCAGAGAAGGGAAGAUAAGCUAUGUCGAAGACACAGUUCAUGGCCUCGAGAGCGGCCCAGCAGCUUUAAUUGGACUCUUUAGUGGUCGCAAUGUUGGGAAACAAGUAGUUGCCAUCUCUACAGAAUGAUUCGUAUGUAAUUAUUUCUCCCAUCCAUUCGGGUCUUGGGUGCUGCCUGUCUUGAAAUGGAGCAUGUAUAAGAAAUAAGCAGUUUCCAUCACCACAGAGCAGCCUAGGUGCUUCAUUACUAUCAUGUUGUUGCAUAUACUAAUAAUAAGACAGAUGGUUGGAUUCUACGACGUAAGCAGUAUGUUUUUCGAUGUGUACUUACCAUUUACUUUUUUUCUCGAGUUAUCUUAUACUUACUAUCUUUAUUAUAAUUUAGUUCGAUGUUUCAAAUAAAUUGUGUUUAUUGUUGUAA